AAUGCUUGCUUCAUUGCGCAUUUUUUGUACUGCUCGUUACGAUAAUGGAUAUUAUCAAAGAAAAUUUAAAUAACAUCACAGAUAAUAGUUUCAAGAAACCUGAAGGGAAACUCAAAACUCUAAACUUAAUUCCUGACAGUGUACAUCUUGUUGUAGUAAGCAAAUUAUCCAUUCCAAAAAUUAUUCGUGUAAACUUACCACAUCGUUCAAAAAAUCUGUCUAUCUGUUUGAUAGUUAAAGAUUUUCGCAAAGAUGAUUAUGAACGCACUACAGAAUCUUGGAAACGACGUUGGAAUAUGGAUUUGAAAAAGUCAGAACUUUCUCACUUGGACGCACCUGAAGUGACAUUUUUACCUCUGCGUGAAUUAAAAGUAGCUUACCAAACUUUUGCCGCCAAACGUCGACUGGCUGGCACUUUUGAUAUAUUUCUUGCCGACAAACGAAUCGUUCAUCGUUUACAAAAUAAACUGGGUAAAGCAUUCUACCAGGAGGUUUCAGGGAAAUUCCCUAUCCCAACGUCAUUUUCGAAAAACAAUCUUGUAGAUACUGUUAGAGAGCAACUACAUACAUCUUUGUUUGUAAUUCGAGGCCAUGGGACAACUGAUAGUCUCAUAAUUGGGGAUGAUCUUUUCUCUUCAUCCGAGCUAAAGGAGAAUGUAAUAUCCGUUUGUGAAAAAAUCUGUUCAGAAUGGCCAGGUGGUGGUAUGGCGAAUAUCCGUUCUAUUUACAUUCAGAGCUCAGGUAUCUCUAUUCCUUUGUACUACGAUGAAACAGAAGCAGCUUUAACCACAAUAAGUGAAAAGUUAUCGAGUCUUCCUAAAGCUGCCCAUCGAAGAUCUUAUGCACUUAUUAAGAAACUUAAAAGCUCAGAGGAUGGUGUGCCAAUCGUUAGUCAACCUAAGAAGUCUCAAAAACCACUUAAAAGAUUACCGAAAGAACUCGUUUCACAAAUUGCAGAUGAUCUUCCUUUGACAUCAGAUGAAAUCGACAAAAUUUUGCGCAAACGGAACUUCGAAGAUAGUAGCAUCCUUCAAAUAAAGUUAAGACGAAAUAAAAGGAUUUCCCGUCGUAAAUUUGCAAAAAUAUAGUUAAUUCUUGUCAACGUUACUUUUUCUCUUAGUACAGUUUUACUAUAAAUUAGUACGUCUGAAGAACAGACAUUUACAUUUUUGUAAGGUAAUUUCGUUGCACAUUUGGAAAAAAAUCAGUUGUUUAAUAAUACGAUGGUCCUUGAACCUGCCCGUGUUCACAUUUUGCAUAAGAUAUGUAGCAAAAACUUCAGUC